UAAGACUUUGUGCUUAUUAAUAGCGGAAUUACUGUCUUACGAGUCAAAAUUGCUUAUUCAGAACAUUGCUGUUAUAGGAUUGGCAGCUCUUUCGAGUUAUUGCCGGGUUCCUCCGUUAAUAUCAAAUGGUACCUACCGAGACUUCUGAAGAGACAGUUUGCGUUGAAACUGAGGUUCUGAUUCGCGAAUGCCUGGAUCACUGUUGCCUUGAUGACGCACUUUUUCUGGCUGAGCUGAACCAUCUAAGAGUCAAAUCGGAUCAGUCGUUGCUCCUUUACUGUGAUUGCUUAUUACGUCUCAAUCGGAAGCAUGAAGUUUAUAACCUUCUGCGGUCGCAUUCUCUGACCAACGCCAGAUUACGAUAUCUGUUCGCUAGGUGCUGUUUUGAUCUGAAUAAAAACGAUGAGUGCUGUCGCGUUUUAUCAGAGAGGAAAGAAGGUCGGUUGCAUGACGUCUUCAUAGGAACACCAACUGAGCCGUUUGCGCGCUCGCUUUUGUCGACGAUCCAUUGUGUUUGUGGGAGAUACACAGCUGCAGCUAAAGAGAGUGAAAGUGCCGUACGUGGAAAUAAUUUUUUGUGGUCAGCCAUCUGCAAAGUUGUACAAUUUGACGACCAUGCGAUGGACGAGCUCUUCCAAGAAACAACAAAUAAACUCUUCCCUCCUGCACCAGCUACCUCAGUGCCGAGCGAAGAGGCCUUGCCAGCAGUCAAACAGGAGCCUGUUCAAAAAGUGCAGGAAACUCCAGCUGAUAUACGGGUACCACCGAUUCGCAUGACUCCAGAUGAUAACGCUCCAACGCCUGCAAUACCAACUCAUGCACCUCGUAAAAGUACGCGCAUCCAUGAGGCAUGUGAAUCGCGAAGGGCUAAGUUAUUCAGUCAAAACCAAGAUUCUGAAAAUGUGGGUGGUAGGAAUCGUGCCACUCCUCUGAGACUUAACAAGGUUCGGCAGCAACAUAGUUUACGCGCCAUCACGAGGAUAAAUGAAAUGGGUCCCUCGUCUGUGAUAACACGAUCCGAACAUUCUCCAUCGUCAAGGAAGCAGAAGCUGUAUCCAGAGUCGAAGCAGAUCAUAGCUUCAAAUAUAAAUAACAUUCGAAGCGCUGCUAUACAAGUAGCAGCUCCUUCGACUACAUCUACAUCUUCAACUCCUUCAGUAUCUACUUGUCAACCGUCAUCAUCAAGUUCCAGUCGUAGCAGUUGCGAUGUCAAGGAAUUUAGUACAGUGUACAAAGAUUUGUUUUUGUGUGUCAAAUCAUUCGCCUUAGUGGAAGAUGCUAUUGGUUCUUAUAACUGGAGCAAUGCUAAGAAAAUUCUUGAACUUGCACCUCCAUGGAUGGCAGAUCUGCCCAUAGCCUUGCAUAUGCGGGCGCGAAUAGCGUUUGAGCUUACAGAGUAUGCUUGCGCUAGAGAUAUUUUGCAAAAACUGCGGAAGAUGUAUCCCCAACGCGUGGAGGGAAUGGAGCUGCUUUCUACUGCUUUAUGGCAUUUGCAAGAUGCUCAUGAGUUGUCAUCGCUGGCUCAACAACUGACACUUGAAGCACGUUCGCGACCGCAAACCUGGUGUGUGGCAGGAAACUGUUUUUCUUUACAGAGACAGCAUGCGAAAGCUGUUGACUGCAUGGAACGUGCGAUUCAGCUGGAUCGCUACUUUGCGUAUGCUUACACACUAUUAGGUCAUGAGCUGAUUUUCCAGGAGGAAUACGAUCGGGCUGCGAACGCUUUCAGGAGGGCUUUGGAGAUUUCUCCCAAGGAUUACCGCGCCUGGCAUGGUCUCGGUUUAGUUCACCUGCGUAAGGAGCAAAUGGGGCUGGCUCAGGUCAACAUCUCAAAAGCUGUCACCAUAAAUCCGACCAAUCGAGCAAUGCUUUGCCAGCUGGCACAAAUUGAACAAGCCUUGAAUCGUCCUGAACGAGCAAUGCGAUUGACCGAUAGGGCUUUGGCAUUGGAUCCUGACGACGUUGCUUGUCGAUAUAAUCGAGCUCGUCUGCUAUUUGAUACGAAGAGGAAUGAAGAAUGCGUGAAAGAGUUGAACGAACUGAAGGAAGUGUCGCCUGACGAAGCCUAUAUAUAUCAUCUUUUGGGGAAAGUUCACCGACGAUUAGGAAAUAACCACUUGGCAUUAUUGAACUAUAGCUGGGCUACUGAAAUGGAUCCACGCGCCUUCUCCUUCUGCAAGUUAGAGUAUCGAGCAUUGCGUGAACCUUCCCACAGUAGCGUCGGAACGAUAGGGAGUAGAGGCCCUGUGCUAAUUUCCUAGACGAUCGAGCCGACUAUUUUCUUCUUUCGAAGUGCAAGUUCUGCUGGUCUUUUAACCAAAGAAAAGUGUCGAGAAUAUGGGUAGACUUUGAGUUGCCAUCUCCAGACAUGAUGAUAUGGGCUUAUUUCGAUUUACCUUGCUAUCAUCUAGUUACUGUCGAAUCUCGUUUCCACGCUAGUAAUCAUAUUAUAUCGUUUUUUACUGGUGUUACGAAUCAGUGUGGUUUGUCUGUACUUUCGCCGAGCUCAGUCUUUGUACUUCUAUAUAAUUCACUACUGACGCUUCGUUCUGUUGCUCAUCUCCGCACUGUGCUUCCAGAACUUCUGCUCUUUUCUAAUAAUUUAGGGAUUGUUGGGAGCUUUCAGGUUUGUAAACUCUGUGGACGGGUCUAUUCUGUUGAUACGAGGCUUUUGACAACAUAGUAUCGCACGACCGGCCUGUUGCUUAGUAUCUGAACAAUUUCUAUUGAUAUGCACUACAGUCAUCUUGCGUAUAGCCUCUUAUUGGGCGAAUUUCCUUCCAUAUGCCAAUAUGUUUCUACCAACAAAGAUUUAUAUGAUAUACACGAUCCAUGAUACGCAAAGACUGGGCGCCGU